AAGCGUGUUUGAAUCCUGUCUGUCAUUUCCUAGCGGGGGCGUCUUGGAGGAAACGGAGCCGGGGGUGAUGGCGCCGUCGCGUCUCGGGACCCUCUCCUGACGAUUCUCUUGCGCGGGGGGAUGUGGACGCUUGCGGGUCAGGGCUGCUGGCGCAGACGCGCGCUGGCGGCUUGCGUCACGCGGGCUGCACGUCGGGGGCUUCCAGGGCCUCGCCCCGCGCCGACCCGGGGAGCUGCAGCCGAGUCCAAGGCUCCGGACAGGAGCUACAGCUCCGCGGACCGCAAGGAAAAAAUUGAUAUGUCUAGAUUCCCUGUUGAAAACACUAGAAAUUUCAGUAUCAUUGCACAUGUGGAUCAUGGCAAAAGUACUUUAGCGGACAGGCUCCUGGAACUAACAGGGGCAAUUGAUAAAACAAAAAAUAAUAAACAAGUUCUUGAUAAAUUGCAAGUGGAACGAGAAAGAGGAAUCACUGUUAAAGCACAGACAGCGUCUCUCUUCUAUGAUUACGAAGGAAAGCAGUACCUUUUAAAUCUCAUCGAUACACCGGGCCAUGUUGAUUUUAGUUAUGAAGUAUCCAGGUCACUCUCAGCUUGCCAGGGUGUUUUACUUGUGGUGGAUGCAAAUGAGGGUAUUCAAGCCCAAACUGUAGCAAACUUCCUUCUUGCUUUUGAAGCACAGCUAUCGGUAAUUCCAGUCAUAAACAAGAUAGAUCUGAAGAAUGCUGAUCCUGAAAGGGUUGAAAAACAAAUUGAAAAGGUGUUUGAUAUUCCAAAUGAUGAAUGUAUUAAGAUUUCUGCUAAACUUGGAACGAAUGUUGAAAGUGUUCUUCAGGCAGUCAUCAAAAGAAUACCCCCUCCUAAAGUGCAUCGCAAAAAUCCCUUGAGAGCUUUGGUAUUUGACUCCACCUUUGACCAGUAUAGGGGUGUGAUUGCCAAUGUAGCAUUAUUUGAUGGCAUGGUUUCCAAAGGAGAUAAAAUUGUAUCUGCGCAUACUCAAAAGACAUAUGAAGUUAACGAAGUAGGAGUUCUGAAUCCCAAUGAGCAGCCAACUCACAAAUUAUAUGCAGGACAGGUGGGCUAUCUGAUUGCUGGGAUGAAAGAUGUCACUGAAGCACAAAUAGGAGAUACAUUAUAUUUACAUAAACAACCAGUGGAACCCUUGCCUGGGUUUAAAUCAGCGAAGCCAAUGGUAUUUGCAGGAAUGUACCCUAUAGACCAAUCUGAAUAUAAUAACCUGAAGAGUGCUAUAGAAAAACUGACUCUAAAUGAUUCCAGUGUGACAGUUCAUCGGGAUAGUAGCCUUGCCCUAGGUGCUGGCUGGAGGUUAGGAUUUCUUGGACUUUUGCAUAUGGAAGUUUUCAACCAGCGACUUGAGCAAGAAUAUAAUGCUUCUGUUAUUUUGACAACACCUACUGUUCCAUAUAAAGCUGUUCUAUCAUCAGCAAAAUUGAUAAAGGAAUACAGAGAAAAGGAAAUUACAAUCAUCAAUCCUGCACAAUUCCCUGAUGAGUCAAAAGUAACAGAAUAUUUGGAGCCGAUUGUUUUGGGCACCAUUAUCACACCAGAUGAAUAUACUGGAAAAAUAAUGAUGCUUUGCCAGGCUCGAAGAGCAGUUCAGAAGAAUAUGAUGUAUAUUGAUCAAAAUAGAAUAAUGCUUAAAUAUCUCUUCCCUUUGAAUGAAAUUGUGGUGGAUUUUUAUGAUUCUUUGAAAUCUCUGUCUUCUGGAUAUGCUAGUUUUGACUACGAAGAUGCAGGCUACCAGACUGCAGAACUUGUAAAAAUGGAUAUUCUACUGAAUGGAAAUAUUGUAGAAGAGCUAGUAACUGUUGUACACAAAGACAAAGCAUACUCUGCUGGCAAAGCCAUAUGUGAACGUCUGAAGGAUUCUCUUCCUAGGCAGCUGUUUGAGAUAGCAAUUCAAGCUGCUCUUGGAAGCAAAAUCAUUGCAAGAGAAACUGUGAAAGCCUAUAGGAAAAAUGUUUUGGCAAAAUGCUAUGGUGGUGAUAUUACCCGAAAAAUGAAACUUUUGAAGAGACAAGCAGAAGGAAAGAAAAAACUAAGGAAAGUUGGCAAUGUUGAAGUUCCAAAAGAUGCUUUUAUAAAAGUUCUGAAAACACAAUCUGAUAAAUAAUUGAUGGGAAAAUAUAAGGAAUUUUCAUAAAUUAAAAA